UUCCAUGAUUGUUCAACAUCAUCCCUCCCUUCUCAACGUUUUCCAUUCACUGCUAUCUCUCUUUCCUCGCAAAAACCCACCUCUUUCUUCCUUCUCUCCAUACCCACUAUUCCCCUAAUCUUCAAUUUCUUCUAAAGUAUAUAUCAAUACAUCCUUAGCCACCAACUACACACCCAGUACCAUGAACAACACCCUCAUCACAGAGCUUCUUCUCGGUCUCGACUAUGCCACUCAGCUCAAGUUUCUGCUUCAGAAACCUGUUGACCCAGAUGCCUCUGCUGCAGCUAAGGAACUGCUCACCAAUGUGCACAGAUCUUUCGCUCAAACUCUCUCUAUCUUGACUUCUUCCCACCCUGCAAUGCCUCAAGACCAGGUUGCUCAGAAUCUCCUCAUUUCUGGGGAAGAUGCCUCGCAGGCUGCAAGCAUUGAUCCCAGGUCUGACGAUUCAACUGAGAGUAGAAAGAGAUCGUUUCCCCUCUCAAAGGAUCGCAGAGGUUCCUACAAAAGAAGGAAGACUGAACAGACAUGGGCUAUAGUUUCCCAAACUACUGAAGAUAAUCAUGCGUGGAGAAAGUACGGACAAAAGGAUAUUCUAAAUUCUCAGUUUCCCAGGAGUUACUUCAGAUGCACUAGGAAGUUUGAACAAGGUUGCAAGGCCACCAAACAAGUGCAACGGUUAGAAGAGAAUCCUGAUAUGUACAAUAUUACGUACAUUGGGUUUCACACAUGCAAAGACACCCUCAAGGCUCCACAAAUGGUCACAUGUUCUGAAACUUGGGACUCAUUCCUUGAGAAUUCCCACGAAGAUUUAAAUGUUCCAAAUGAACAAAAGCAACUCGAUCCUCCUGUGAGAUCACAAAGCCCAAUUGUUAAACAAGAAUCUCUCAGUGAUGAGACUGAUCCCAGUGAUCUUACAGAUGCCAUGUGGUCUGAGUUGAAGGAUUUAGAACUGUCCAAUGACAAGCCUGACUUGAAAAUAUCAUCUGAAAAUACAGAGCAUUCAUGUACUUGCUCUCGGAGUUUGGACAUGAAUUUUGAUGCGUUUUCUCAUCAUUAGCUUCCCCUUUGGUGAAAGCCAAUUGCUUUAGUUACCUUGUGGAAUCUUAACCAUGCAUUGAUCAGAUUGAAUAUUUUAGAUUUUGCAUUUUCCUAGUUUAUGUACCAUGGAGAGAAUAACUUUAGAUCAUUCUCACAUCUCAUCAAAUGUAAUGUAUGUGUUUCUCAAAGGUUUCUCUAACUUACCAAAAUAUGAGAUUGAACAGUUCCAUCUAAAAUGAUUGGUGCUUUAUAUAUGUAAACUUAUCAUUUUGAAACAAAUAAGAAUAAUACCAAUCAUUUUGAAUGGAGUUAUUUAAUUCUCUUUCUAUUUUUGUGUAAGGUAGAUUUGUCCAUUUCUAGAAUGUGCUUUAAAAAUGGACGGAAUCAACUGUGGAUGCUACACUCUUUUGCAGUUCUUUCUAUCUUCUUAGGAAGUGCUAUGCAUGCAUGAGCCUUUGAACUCUGUGAUGAACAUAUAUAAAUUGUAAUGGGUUACUUCGGUUCCAGCCAAGUAAA